CAUCCCUCUGACGGCGCAGCCAAUCAGCGCGUGUCAGCCACACAUGAAUGGGAAGUCCCACAGAAAAGGGCUCGAGGAACAAAGAAGCUGCCGGUUUGCGGAGUCGGUUUGUAUCCAUAAAUUGAACUCGUUUUGACUACAAUAAUUCCUCCCUGAGCACCGUUUUCCGUGCGAACCACGACGAAUCGGACAUUUCAACCGACACCCAAGGAAAACUCCAACAGUUUUUCGUUGCCCGAGAAAGAGGAAACUUCGUGCGUCGCGACUCGCGAGGAGAAAACCGGAGGCGAGGCUUCCUCGUUUUCACCUUUUUCUUUUAUCCGACAACAAAGUGCGCAGACUGUUCACCCUGUACAACCUUUUGCCCCGUGGAUUUGGCAGCGAUGUGGAUUUCUCUGUACACUGGCUUUCAAAUGGAAUAACAGGAGCAGAGUAGCCCCUGGCCCAAUAGUGGCUCUGUGACUGUACCCCUUCACCCGGGACCACGCUUGUGGCCACAGCGUCAAUGAGGUAACACCAGCACCCAACCCCCCCUCGCUACCACCAACCUCUCCUUCCUCCCCGAUCCCACACACCCCUGUCGCCAUGGGUCAGAAGAUCUCGGGCAGCAUCAAAUCGGUGGAUGUACGCGGGGAACCGUCUUACCGGCCUGUGCGCCGCGAGCUGCGGGGCCCGGACUUCUGCCGCCCCCCCAGGCUGGACCUGCUGCUGGAUAUGCCGUCGGCCAGCGCCGAGGCCCAGCUCCGGCAUGCCUGGAACCCGGACGACCGCUCGCUCAACGUCUUCGUCAAGGAGGACGACAAGCAGACGUUCCACCGCCAUCCCGUGGCCCAGAGCACGGACUGCAUACGGGGUCGCGUGGGCUACACCCGCGGCCUGCACGUAUGGAGGAUCCACUGGCCCGCCCGGCAGCGGGGCACCCACGCUGUGGUGGGCGUGGGCACGGCCGAGGCCCCCCUACACUCGGUCGGCUACACGGCGCUGGUGGGCGCUGACUCGGAGUCCUGGGGUUGGGACCUUGGGCGCAACAGACUCUACCACGACAGCAAAAACCGGCCGGCAUCCACCUCGCCGCCAACCUACCCCUGCUUCCUGGAGGAGGACGAAUCGUUUGUGCUGCCGGACUCGUUGACGGUGAUACUGGACAUGGACGAGGGCACGCUGAGCUUCAUGGUGGACGAACAGUACCUGGGUGUGGCCUACAGGGGCCUGAAGGGCAAGAGGCUGUACCCCAUCGUCAGCGCCGUGUGGGGCCACUGCGAGGUGUCCAUCCGCUACGUCAACGGGCUGGAUCCGGAGCCCCUCCCCCUCAUGGACCUAUGCAGGCGAGUGGCCCGGCUGGCGCUGGGCAGGGAGCGCAUCCAUCACAUCGACACACUCCCCCUGCCACAGACUCUCAAGAACUACCUCCAGUACCAGUGACCCUGCGAACAGACUCUGACCACAUCAGGCGGAGGGAGGGGGCUGUGGGUCCUCCAAGAGGACCUUCUCACGGCCACCAGACACGGACUAUGCUUAGGACAAUGAGGAGCCGUUGGAGAUGGUAUCAGAGAAGGCCUACUGCUGCAAGGGCUUUUGUUUACAUUGUAGGCGGGAUGGGUUUUUAGGAUGUUUAUAAUCAAACUUUUAAUAAUUUCUUUAUUUUUUCUGCUGACUGGACAGAUUUAAGGAGUUGAGAUUAAAGUGUGACGGGUAAGAGCAAUGGAGAAUAUGGAAAUCAGGCCAACCGACUCUAAAACUGUAAAAGAAAACAUUUUAAGGACCGUUUUGAUGAGCUUUUCUUGGGAGAGGGACAGCGUGUGGGCUGAUGCGCGAUGGGCCAGUCUCUAAAUUUGUUCUGUACACACUCUGCCAAGGCUCCCCCCAACACACACCCAAUCAGUGUGUGCACACUUGGCUUCAACCGAAGCACGUUGGUAUUUAUAAUAUCCUAUUUCGGGAGUUGUUUGUGUUCGAUAACAUCCAAACGACAAAGUAGAGUCGAAGAGAAACAGCUCUCUUGCAUGCCAUGUACCAAGUCCCACCCAAGCUUACGGGUGGUGCAUCAAUAGACGUCCAUUACCAGAUAUAGUCCGCGCUAUCUCUGGUAGUUUGUGCCUGAGUCAGUGGCUCUCUCUCGGUGCAUUUCAAGCAUCCGUCCGUCACAGCGGUCGGAGGGCCUGUGGUGUCAAAUGGACGGCUCUCCUUAGCGGGGUGAGAUUGAUCUGGGUCUGCCUUGAUCGCUUAUGAGAUUCUUUGAAUGAAGCACACACAAAUGUUUUCAGAUGGUUAUUUUCUCCAUGUUUUUUAUGCUUUGUUUAUUCUUCCAUUCCUUCUUUUGGCUUUUAUUUUUUUUAUCUUGUAAUAAAUUCUGGUCUAAUUUUAUGAUCUUGUUUAUUUUUCUUAUUUGAUUUAUUUUUUGUUGAGAUUUUAGAUUUAUCUGCAGAAAGCAAAGUGAGUCCCGGAAGGCUCAUGUGGGUCUUAAAGUCUGUGGAAUGUGGUGCAAUCAGCAUCUGUUAAAUGUGAAUAAAAACAAAAGUCAACGUC